CUAAAUGAAUGCUGCUCCAAAUAUAAUGGGUAAAAAUGUAACUGCAAGGGGACACAGUUGAAAUUCUCACUUUACCACCUUGUCUAAAUCCUUGGUGAGCAAGAAACGUCAUCGAUUUUGUGACGUUUGAAGCCUUUCAGGCAGCAACCGAUCAAGGAAAAAAAGCCAACAGGCAGCAAUGAGUGAUGGUGGAACACGAAAGUAGUCGAGGCAUUUGUGGAAACAGGAAGCAACGAGGGAAAAGCAAAGGAUUAAGUCAGGCCGUUCGGGCGUCAGAAAGACACACCUUGUUGAAUGUUUUUAUACCAUGAACUAUAAUCGCAAACGCCUUUUACAUUAUGGAGGACUUUUGGCGCUCUCCACUGAACUCGGAAGCAAGUCUACAUUGAGCGUUGAGUCGUUCGAAUUGACGCACAAAUGAGAGACGGUGGGGGUUUCAUAAGGGGCAGCGACGCAAUCUUGGCGAUUAUGUUAGCUUGCUAGCAACAUGAUCUGUUGUCAUUUGUUUAAAAAAAAAAAUAACAUACGUAAUUUUGAAAGUUUUGAUUAUCUAGCUAAAAGGAGCGAAUCAAUGUUUUGUGAAUUUAAUUCUCAUAUUUGCUAUAAUUAAAUCAACAUGACUUUCCCUCAAACAAACAUUCCUACCCGUUAGCUUCUAGAUAGCUAGCUCACCACUGUCAAUAACCAGCUUCUGUAGCAUGGAGGGAGAGAUGCAAGUGUUACCAUCGGAUCACUGUUGCAUAAUAACAAAUCGGUGUUGUAUCUGUAAAUCGCAUCCAUCUCUACCGUGUCGCAAAUCGACUUUUGACACCUUCGUUCAGUGCGCUGACAUAAUGGACGUAAUUUGAUUGACGGAUAAAAUAAAAAGGAAUUUCAAGACGAGAUGGAGUCUAACCCCUUAAUAAGUGCCAUGGACCCGUCCAUCACGUUGUGGCAGUUCCUGCUGCAUCUCCUCGAGGACGACAGCCAUAGGCAUCUCAUCUCCUGGACCUCUGGGGACGGGGAGUUCAAGCUGCUGGACGCAGAGGAGGUGGCACGCCUCUGGGGGCUCCGCAAGAACAAGACCAACAUGAACUACGAUAAACUAAGCAGGGCGCUGCGAUACUACUAUGAUAAGAAUAUCAUCAAGAAGGUGAGUGGGCAGAAGUUUGUCUACAAGUUUGUAGCCCACCCUGACCCUUCGUCAGUGGACUGUGUCAGAGGCGGUGAGGAUUCUCAGCAACAGGAGAAUCUUGAUGCAGCGGGCCAGACCAAGUCCCCAGGAGGGGGGUCUUCUAACUGCCCCUCCAAGAACCUGCAGAUGCAGCGGUCCUCUCCAGUCUCUGUCCAGCGCAGCUCUCGCAACGACUACAUGAAGUCAGGGCUCUACUCCACCUUCACCAUCCAGUCUCUCCAAGCCCCCUGCAGGACCUCUCCACAGCCUAUAAAGACUGAGCUGCUGAAUCAGGACUCUUCCCCCAGACCCCACAGCGCUGAUCGGACACUGCGGGAGGUGAGGGCCCAUGACGAGGACCUCUCCAUUUUAACCAUGGUGUGUCUGGAUGGCCAGAGCUCCUCCAUGCAGGGCUGUGGCAGCGUAGAGAGUAGCCUGCAGGUCACACUGACUCAUCCCUCGCCCUGUGUCACGCCUGCCCUCAGCCCCCAGACCUUGUCAGUGUCAACCACAGGCAGCUCGAAGUCUCAGCCACAGAAGACCCAGAACCUAUGCGACCCUCCUCAGAUCUAUCUGACCAGUGUGUCGGACCCUGGCUCCCUCACUCCUCUGACCCUGACCCCUGUUGCUGCACCUGGGGCCCCGGGGGAGUGUGUGGUGAACCAGCCUCAGGGCCACCCUGUCUUUGUGGUCAUCAAGCCCUCACAUUUGGUGCAUUCCAAAGAGCAAAACCUCACGUCUGAAGAGGAACUGGUGAAGAUCAUGACCUUGGGGGAGAAACAUGUUGUAGAGGUUCCUGAAUCUGCAUCAGGACCAAGGGAACCUGAAACCCCCCUCUCCAUUGAUGUCCUCCCUCCCUGCGUGGAACCAGUGGGCCAGCCUGUUGGGGAAGGGGAGGAACAAGGCAAAGAUGAGGCCCAUUUACCAGAAAAUUCCAUGACUCCAGCAGUUGCUCUUCAAGCGGCUACUCAUCCAGCCUGGUCGCCCCAGGAAGUACAACCCCCGAAAGCCAAGAAGCCCAAAGUCCUAGAACUGCCCUCUUCCUCAACCCUCCUACCCCCUGGUCUGUCACUGGAUCAGGUCAAUGCUGCCGUCAACAGCCUUCUGGCCCCUGGAAGUGCCACCAACACUCUGACUCCUACAGUGUUCACCUCCCAUUCUCUGACUCCGGUAUUACUGACACCAAGUCCUCUCCCCUCCACCAUCCACUUCUGGAGCACACUCAGUCCCAUUGCUCCCCGGAGCCCGGCCAAGCUCUCCUUUCAGUUCCCCUCCAAUGGAAGCAAUCAUAUCCAUAUCCCUGCCUUGAGUGUGGACGGCCUGUCUACUCCUGUAGUGCUGUCGCCAGGCCCACAGAAACCAUGAGGAGAGUCCUGGAGUCCUUCCACAGUCCUGUGGACAUUGAUUUCCCAGGUCAGCCUAUGGGACAGAAGGUACACUCCAUGACCAAAUCAAGUACUCCAAGCCAGAGUGCACUCAUGAGUGGAGAUCUGGUGUCCGGAGUGCUGUUGAAUGAAUGAUUUUUUUAGCAGUUGGAAUCUGCAUUCAAAGAACCUCAUGACGGGCUAGCCCAGAGGUUCUGGAUCAAGGCCAAGAGGUGGUGUUGGCAACUUUGAAAUUUAGAGGGGCUACUUUUUUUUCCUUUUUUUGUUGCCAGAUAAGGAAUUUUUGGUGCGUCUCUCUUUCUUUGUCGAUUCAUAUUUUUGGCUCAAAUUUAAAUUGAUAUUAUAUAUAUAUAUUUAAAUAUAUUUUCCUGUUUUAUAAUUUCCCCCAUGACAGGGCACUUGACUUUAUAGAUUCAACUUUGUCCAUGAAAGCAUUAUGGUAGUGCUUGCCCAUUGCUUUACAUGUAAUUGGUUUCUUAUUCUCUAGUACUUUUCAAAUGACCAGUUACAUGAAGAAGAGAUGAGUACCUGUAGUGGUACCAUACCGAGUGUUUUACUUUGAGAUGAACUUGGAAGGCAUGUUGAUGCUUGAUGCUGUUUUUAUUUUUAUUUUAAAGAAGCCAAGUCAUGUGAACAUUUUAUAAUCAUGGUGAAGAAAUGGCGCUUACCAUUGAUAAUCUCAUGGCUGGAUUGGAACUUUUAUUCUGGAAAAGUCUAUCUUUUUUUUAUUUUUAACAUGAAAACCAGAGAACUAGUGGAUGUGUUUUAACGAUUCAGAUGAAUACAUUCAAAUGUACUGUUUAUUUUGAUGGAGAAUCAGGUGUGAUCACGUUCUAUUGUUAUGUGAAUUUGAUAGUCGGUCAUGUUCACUGUCCAUUCCAGGUUUUCUUUUAGGUUUAAUUACUAGUUAAUUAUUUUGAUGCCAAGAUGGAACAUUGGUUCUGGAGUAUCAUGUGAAACUUCACCAAAGACCAGCUGCAUUGAUUAAAUCCUAUGUAAUUUUAGAGAUGCAGUGGUAGCCUUGAUUCAUGCAAGGGCUAUAACACCUUAUAAUGCUACCAAAAUCACACACAGAAUACCCAGUUUAUUUUCAAAAUGGAUUUAGAAAAGACUAGGUUUGCUAGCAUAAUUGUAUAUAAUCAUUAUGCGACAUGGUUAAAGACCAAGUAUAACUUACAAUAGAUCAGGUUAUCAUUGAAAAUAAAAUGGUUAAGCUUUUGAUCAGCUUGGAUUUAAUUUAGUUUUUACUGAAAAUAACUUGGUUGAUUUAUAGAGAUAUUUGUCCUUCUGGCCAUUUUUACAUUAGCAAACAAUUGGAAAUGUUGACACAAUUCAUUUUAAUUUAUUCAGACAAUGCUUAUAGCAAAAAGCUUAAAAAGCUUUGUUGGUUGAUUAGCAAUUGGUGUCCAACAAUUAUUUUUGUACAUUAAAAGAGUACAUAUGUUACUCUUAAAGAGUGCAUUUUAUAAUGUUCUGACUCAUGACAUUGUUAGCUCAGCUUGCUCCUAGUUAAAGGAGAUGCAUUAGUAUCCUUAACAACAGUCCAGCUUCACACCAAAUAGCCUUUCCAAAUAUACUUACUGUACCAUCUAAUGAAGUAGUGUUAGCCUUCUAGAGUCAGUGGACUACAGUAACUUGGUAUUGGCAGGGCUCUUUUGGUCUGUUACUGUACUGGAAUCUAUAAUGUAUAUCUGAAUUCAUUAAUAAUAUCUGAAUUCAUUUAAUCAUCUUUUGUAGUUUGAGAGCUUGUAAUUAUUGUCUAAUCGGGGGCUUAUUCAGGACAAAUGAGGCUUUUUUUUUUAAUGUAUUUUUUAGUGUUAUGUCUACGGACAAUAUCUGAAAUUGUAUUUAAUGAGGUGAUUCAAUCAAAACACACCUAGUUGCAUUUGGUAUUUCAUUUGUAAUGUUAGAUUGGGAUAUUUUAAAUCAUAAUUGUAAUGUGUAUCUAAAAAUAAUAUUUAAAAAAAAAUAGGAGUGCCUCAAGAAUAAGGAAUUGAACCCAACUGUUAACCAGUUAGUGUUUUGGUUGAACCCUCUCCCCAGAAUGUAAUGUGUGUCUCUUCAAUCACUGCUCUGUGACUGUUUGUUUCUCUGUGAGCCUGUCUAACCUCUGGUUUUAGUUACAGGUGCCCAGCAGAUCCGAGGAAAUAGGCUUCAUUCGAUUACUAAGCAACCUUUAGAAAUGUCACAUCUGCCCACUCAAAAGCACUUAAAAAUAAUCCUAGUGGAUGUUUGGCUAUUCUAAGUACCUGCUUCACUCUCUUACCCUACUUCUAGUCAAGUAAAGACUGUUGGCCAGUGAUUUCAUGCAUAGCACUUUACCUUGAACUUAACAUCACAAUGUCAAAACCCUCUUUGAGGGACUGACUUUUUUCUACUUCAUUCCUAGUCACAAUUGGCAAAACAAUUAGCUAGUAUUGGAACGGUGUGUGCCACUCUCGUCAAAUCAGUUACCCUUCACUGUUUGGCAUUCAUACACGUGAUCAGUCAUUCAAACACGUGAUCAGUCAUUCAUACACGUGAUCAGUCAUUCAAACACGUGAUCAGUCAUUCAAACACGUGAUCAGUCAUUCAUACACGUGAUCAGUCAUUCAUACACGUGAUCAGUCAUUCAUACACGUGAUCAGUCAUUCAAACACGUGAUCAGUCAUUCAUACACGUGAUCAGUCAUUCAUACACGUGAUCAGUCAUUCAUACACGUGAUCAGUCACUCAUACACGUGAUCAGUCACUCAUACACGUGAUCAGUCAUUCAUACACGUGAUCAGUCAUUCAUACACGUGAUCAGUCACUCAUACACGUGAUCAGUCAUUCAUACACGUGAUCAGUCAUUCAUACACGUGAUCAGUCAUUCAUACACGUGAUCAGUCACUAACGCCGAUGUCAUGGUGGUACACUUACCACAAGAAUAUGCCUUGUUAUUAUUCAUCAUGACAUGGGUCUAAAAGUCAUUUCUAACGCUGAUCACACUAUUGCAACUGAACGGUUAGAAACAACAGUUCUAAAUAUACAUGCAAUCUAUUCUAUGACAAUGCGCUUAGCAAUGCCUUGUUGGCUAGACUGUCUUUUUGUGCAGAGUGUAUUUAACAACAAAAUUGUAAACAUCAUGGAAACAAGAAGAUUAUAAAUGCCUCUGUAUAUUUUAACAUCCUUACGCCCCAGUCUGUAGCUUUAUGCAUCUCAGGCUGUGUUCUGUUCAUGAUAUUGCUGUCUUUUAACAGUCGUGUGCUAAUAUUAUUCGAUUGUAUUACCUGGGACUUAAAAUGUACUUGCCCCUUCUAAUUCAAAAACUAUAGUUUUGAUAGUUUGUGUGUAAUAUUAUGUGUCCGUGGUGUAACUCCAGUACCUUGUUGAUACUUCUGCCUGUGUAUUGCUACAGUACUGGUGAUACAUCCUGCUCUAGCCUAGCAUGUUUGUGUUGUGUAGGCAAUUGAAUGAAAUGUGUUUACUAUUGACCAGUCACUUUUAUGACAUGAAUGUUGAUGGAUUGCUCAAAUACCUGGCCUAUUUCUCAGUUUGACAGCUGGGGGAUUUCCCCAGACCCGUGGGCUGACGGUUUAAAUCAGAUGGAGCAACAGUGAUGGGAUAGUGAUGUCAUAGGUUAGUGAGGGAUAAAUGGCAGCAUUUUACAGAAGAGAGAGACUGCUACUGUUUGCUCAGUGUUGGGGCAAAAGCCUUUUGAUUAAAAAAAAGUUGUCCGUUUUGGUCACAAAUGAAAACUAUUCUUGGAAAUACAAGCCUAAAUGAUAUACCUAAGAAUACAGUAUGUUUGUCUGCAUAUGAAUAAUUGUCUAUACAGAAAUGUAUUGCUUUUGUAAAUGUGUUAUUGCAGUUUUAUCACGUAGAUACAGCGCUCUGCUACGUCUUCUAUGAUAAGAGGAUCUGACUGUUGUGUGCUAGAGUUUAUUCUACUGCAUAUAUGGACAUAAGCCUUGUAAUGUGCUGUAAAUAUGUUCUUACGGCAUCCAUGUUUAAGCUCUUUUCAGAUAUGGAUAACAUGAAAAUACUCACUUGAUCCUUUCUUCAUCCCAAUUUUCAGAUGGCACAUGACCCACUGGGCACAGACGUCAGUUCAAAGUCUAGUUUCGAUUUACAUUUGGUUGAUUUGUCAACUAAUGUGAAUUCAACAACAACAAAAAAUCACCAUGUCAUUGGAUGUUGGUUAAAAGUUGGUUAAAAUAAAAAUUAAAUGCCCUUUGACCUUUUGCAAAUCCAAUCAGUUUUUCACGUUGUUUCGACGUCCUCACAAUGACGUGGAAACAAUGUUGAUUCAACCAGUUUUUGCCCAGUGAGGAGGAGGUUGUUCAUCAUGUGCUUGUCUUUAACAUACUGGCCCUCUUUGUCCCAGUUCCAUAGUCUACAUAUUUUAGCAUUUUGCUGUCUCAACUCUCCUGAAAACUGUUCAGAAAUCAGUUAUUAAUGCGAAGCAAGUUUAGCUGAACUAAUAAACUAUGAUAUCCAUCAAAUGUAAAAUGGAUAUAAACGCACCAGGCCAUUCUGAACCCUCUUCAGACUGUUAAUAAUAUACAGCAUGUAUGAAUUUGAUCAUUCUUUUUUGACUACCAUGCAAAUGAAUUAGCCAAAGCCUUAAAGUUAAGUUUUCAGACAAAUGGAGAUGAGGAACAUUUGGGUGUUAGGUAUCCAUUUAUGCAAGUGAGGGAUUUUUUGAAACGGGUGAGAUGGAUAUUGUGAAGAAAAGCCAUUUAUUGGAACAUAUUUUCACCUACCAGAAGUGGGGGAAAUUAUGAGCAUCUUGAGUUGCUUAGAAGUUCGAUAAACUUCAGUAUUUGAGUUCACCACUUCUUUCACCAGCAAAAGAUGUAUUGAUUGUCUUUUUUCAAAGGAGGGAUAUUUUACUCUGCUCAUGAGCGCUAUUGUCUGAAUGCCACACAGACAGACCCACAUUGUCUAUCAUCUCAUUGUAACUUAAAUGCUACAUACAGUACAUUUGUGUUUUUAGGCUGUACGAAAAAUGCAGUUGUGUUUUCAAACGUUCUGUGGCUCUCAACUCUGACCAGAGAUUUGAGCUGCAUUUUGUUGUCUCUUUUUGAACGUUUCUGAAACAUUAUGGGAUCUACAACCUUGACAUGUACUAUUGUGUGAUAGCUUUGUCAUUGUGUACAGUUUUUUAUUCAAGAAUGUUUAGGGAAACCUAAAAUACUGUAUAUAUGUUUGUGAAAAUUGUGGUAUCUCUUGCUGAAAUAAGUACCCAUGUCUUUGAGGUAUUGGCUCUUGUUUGUUUCUGUCGCGUUUGGUUUCCGAUGCGUGUAGCCUUUUCCCUUCCCCAUGGGAGUGAUUGUCUCUGGGGGUUUAUUUACAGGAGGGGAGGGUUUGCUUUUAUUUUUUUGGAAAUAUCCAAAUAUAUUAUAUUUACUGGAAGAAAGAGAGACAAACUAUUUUUUAUCUACACACUUCAAUUUGUUUGUGUAAAUGUUAUAGAUAUUAUUCUUGUUUUCUAAAAACAGCUCUAGAACUAAUAUUAGGAGUUAAUAAAAUCCUAUUUUGUUCUGUACAAGGUUUUGUUCUUCCUUUCUUUGAAAUCACAUUGAUGCUGUUUGUUUCUCUGAAGUGUAUUGCAGUUUGAAGUACACCUCAAAAGGUUGAUCUUAAAUGAUGCACAAUGCUGAAAGGUGUGUGGAGUGACAGUCAAACUAGUAUGCUAACACUGGAACUACACUCAACCAAACAGCAUAUGAUCAUUUUCAGCACCAUGUAUGUUUCUUCUGUCUGAAAUGACAGAAACCAAUAAUGCCCCAGUUGGGGGAUAUUCUUGACACCAAAACUUUACAACAAAUGAAUAAACAUCUCUGAAUAUCAAAA